AUGUCUGGUGUUGGGUUCCACACGCACACUCUUGUGGUCGAGUGUCGAAUGGCCAAGGACGAUGAUGACGAUACGGUGCUGGUCAGUCUUGCUUUCGACGCCAACCUGCUCUCGGAACAGCUCGUACAGGCCAUCGGUGUCCAGUUUGAACAUGUGCUGGGACAGAUUAUGCAAGCGGUAUCACCCUCAGGCCUCAGGCGGAGGACGAAGCUCGCCGAUCUCAGACUCGUGUCAGAGGAGGAACGCACGCGGCUUCUCGCGUGGAACUCCCCCGGUGACGGAUCAAACUUCCCUGUGGCAGUGAUGGAGUGUGCCCACGAGGUGAUUGAACGCCGCGCCGAAGAGAACCCUGACGAUGCCGCCGUCGUUUCGACCGAAGGAGGGGUUGAGUUUACGUUCCAACAACUGGAUCGCGCUGCCGGCCGUCUGGCUGUGCAUCUUAGGUCUUUGGGUGUGGGAGCCGACAGCUUUGUGCCGUGUUGUUUUGAAAAGUCUCCACUCUAUGUCGUCGCCCAGCUAGCCGUUAUGAAGGCUGGAGGCGCGUUUGUCCCGGUCGAACCUUCGCAUCCCGAAGCUCGACGACUUGAUAUCAUCCGGCAGCUGGGGGGAGAUAGUGGUGCUGUCAAGGUCCUUCUAGUCACGCCGACAACGGUGCAGGUCUUUUCCGAGUCCUCGCUCAAAGACGUAGCCUCGGCUGUCAUCGAGGUGCUCAUCGCCUGA